AUGACAAGGGGCGCGUUCGGCCAUGACGGGAUUGGAAGGCCGGCGCAGACGGCCAGCAGUAUCUUGUGUCUUGUGCAGAAGGAGAAAGAUAAAAUGCAACCCAACCAAUCCAGCUCCCGAAUCGACGGGUCAGUCGGCCCAUCUACGGAUGCGACUCAUACGAGCCAGCAGCAUUCGGCUCGUGAUGACGAGUCAGUCAGACUAAAGCUUCGAAUCAAAGAACUUGAAGAGCAAUUGUCAAAGGCAGCUCUGGGACCAGUGAAACCUCCCGUGGUGCCUCUGCGUUUGAACAUCGACACGACUACUUCACAUAUUGGCGGAACCUAUCAUAUUCAGAAUGAAAUACUACCCGGGCAGAACGUGAGCAUCGCUCGUAGUAUUACGCAUAAAUCGCGCUUGUUUGGACAGAGCCAUUGGGAGGUCAAUGUUAUUCUUAUGGUCCGCGACCUCCUCGAGACAAUCGAAUCUCAUCUCCCUCAAGCGGCACUAAAAGUAUAUCCUGGCAUGGAAAUGUGCAAAUCCUUAGCAAGAACCAUCAAAGCCAGACGAGCUCCUCCAUGGCCAUCACCACCAACGUCGGAACUUCCUCCAAAAGAAGUCUGUGAUGCAUUACUCGAUUGCUAUCUCCAAUCAAGCGAAUCAGUAAACCGGAUCUUGCACAUCUCAAGUUUUAGACGAGACUACGAAGCAUUCUGGGUCUCCGGAAAUGCGCCAGAUAAGGGCUUCCUAGUUCAGAUCAAGCUCGUCCUUGCCAUUGGCACCCUCACAUACGACGAUCGGUUCUCGUUACGCACUUCAGCCAUCCGCUGGGUCUACGAAGCUCAAACAUGGCUCUCGGAACCAAAAUUCAAGUCCAGACUGACCAUUCAGUUCCUGCAAACCUAUCUUCUGUUGCUAAUUGCCCAGGAACAAGUCGGUGCUGGCGGAGACUCAAUGUGGAUUUCGGUUGGCGGCUUACUUAGAAAAGCAGUUUACAUGGGCUUGCAUAGAGAUCCAAUCCACUUACCAAAACGAACAAUAUUUGCCGCUGAGAUGCGUCGCAGAUUGUGGAAUACGAUUCUGGAAAUUGCGCUUCAAUCUAGUCUAUUUUCGGGAGGCCCUCCGCUCAUAUCUCUGAACGACUUUGAUACUGCGCCUCCGGGAAACUUUGAUGAUGACCAGCUUAUUGCCGAUGAUCCUAUACCCAAAGCCGAGGAUCAGUUCACACAGGUCUCCAUUGCGAUUGCGCUUCGAAAAACGUUCCCGGCUCGUCUUGCUGUUGUGAAGUUUCUGAAUGAUCUUCCUGCUUCCGGCACAUACGAAGAAACCCUUCAACUCGACACUCAGUUCCGCACAGUCUAUAAAGCUCUGAACCGAACUCUGCAAACCUUCAACCGCUCAUCAUUACCUCUUCAGCUCUCUGCCUCGUCUCUGCGAUUUGAAAUACGAGUCGUAGACCUAAUCAUGCUCCGAUACCUAUCCUCACUGCACCUCCCAUACUUCGGUCCAGCCCUCCACCAAGCCAUGUACGCAUUCUCGCGGAGAGUUGUGGUUGACUCGUCCCUUAAGAUUUGGCGUUUAAUCCAUCCUUUACCUUCACACAUACUGUCAACGACGACAACAGUGGCGGCGGCGGCGAACCUGCAUCAUCAAGAAUCGAACCCUCUAGCACGCCUCUCAAGCUUUAGCUCCGGCUUCUACCCCGUCCUAGCCAUCCACGCAGCUGUUCUCAUAACCAUCGAACUCCAAACCCAGUUACAGCAAGAAGAAAGCCUGGGCCCCGUCUCUGUUCGCCCUGAUCUAUUAUCCGUGCUCGAAGAAGCAAAGACAUGGACACGCCGAGCCGUCGAAACAGGCGAGACGAAUAUUAAGGGAUUUCUACUAAUGUGCGUCAUGACGGCGCAUAUCAAAGGGCUCAUGAAUGGUGAUAGUGAGAAUGAGCGUGCGGAGGCGUUGGUCAAGGCGGCAGAGUAUUCGAUUGAGACGUGUUUGCCGAUGUUGGAAGAGAUGGCGGCAGAGCUGAGAAGGGAUGCCGGUGGUGGUGAUGAGCAGCAACAGGGUUUGAUGUUGGCUACGCCGGGUGAUAUGGAGGAUUGGAGUUUUAUGACACCCGAUGCCUUGUUUAGUCUUGGAGACGAUGAUCCAAUGAAUUGGAUGCUGAAAGAUGGUAUGGAUAUGGUGCCAUCACUUUGGUAG